AUGUGGAAAAGAUUUUUAAAUGAGUCAGAAGAAUUGGAUAAAAAUUUAUUGGAUGGGGAUAAUAUUGAAUUUAUAGAAAAUGAAGAAAGUGGAUAUUUUAGUAACAGUAGUAGUAAAGAUACGGAUAAACAUCAAACUGACACUAGUGGUAAUUGGGUCAAUUCUCCAACAAGAAUUAUCAGUGAAGCAUUUGUUACUAUGGACAAAAAAAACGUAAAUGAAGGCCUAACAACUGCUUGUUUUAAUAUUCCACAAACGAUCAGUGAAGCGAUUGAUAUAAUGGAUAAAAUAUAUGAAAGCGAUGAAAAUGAAAGAUCUUAUAUAACAACCGCUUGUUCUCGUUGUAAGAAACGUCACAUAAAAUGCGACGACCAAAGCCCUUCAUGUCAAAACUGUAAAGAAAAGGGUCAUGAGUGUAUUCGUAUUCCACAGAAACUUUCGCGUGGCCGUCCCCAAGGUACGCUUAAUGGACAGGGGAAAUCCCUCAAAAAAAAUACAAAUAAUGGAGCUAAGAAAACUAGAAAACCUAGGAUAAAACGAUUGAACAAAUCUAACGAUGUCAAAGAUAUCAUAAAAGAAUUACUCAAUCAUGAAGGUGUUGAUGUUGACGGAAAUGAUAAUAAUGAUCCAUUAGAUUUUUAUAAUGAAUUGACAUCCUACUCAUCUUUUCAAAGUACAUCGCCAACACCUUCAUAUUCGUUCACAUCUUCGCAUGAUACUUACGACAUUAACAAUAACAAUACUGUAUAUAGAAGUAGCAACUUGACUGAUUCACCAAUUCAAACGCCGUUUAGCUUUUUUGACACCUCCAAACGAUACAAUGCACACCAACUUCAAAUUCCAAUUCCAUCUGAAAAGAUUAGUGAUUUUGUGCUUGGUCCUAAUGCGUUAACCACAAAUGUUGAUCUUGAUAUAGCUAAUUACAACUAUGACGGUGAAGUGGAUCCAAUACAAUUCCGUCAUUUGUUAAUGCACGGUUCGUUAGAUUCAUACAAUAGUUCUACACCAAUGAAUGAACAAUAUGUGGAUUACUUGAAAACAGCAUCUAUCUCAAAUACAAAUGUAGCAAAUGUUGGCCUAAAAACUUAUUGUCUUGGUAUUCCACAAACGAUCAGUAAAGUGAUUGAUAUAAUGAAUGAUAUAUAUGAAAGCGAUGAAAAUGAAAGAUCUUGUGUAACAACUGCUUGUUCUCGUUGUAAGAAACGUCACCUAAAAUGUGACAACCAAAAGCCUUCAUGUCAAAACUAUGAAGAAAAUGGUCGUAUUCAACCUAAAAUUUCACGUGGCCGUCCCUGA